AAAAGGAAAGAAGAAGAAGCAAAGGCGGUUUACUUAAAAACAUCAUGGCUUCCAGAAGAACGUCUUCAGCUCCAAGUAGCUUCAAAAACACUUCCACUGACGCUAAAAGUUCGAAAGGUGUCAGUAAUGGAGUUAAAGCAAACAACAAUCCAACUACGAGGAAAACUGUUAAAACAAGUGGGACUGUUGUCAAGUCUCGAUAUUUACAAUCUGCUGAAAAGACAUCACUGUCAAAGAGUAACUCGCUGACCAAUGAGUCGACUUCUGUGCUUCGACCUUCCUCACCCAAACCCACCUCUGUCAAACCAAAAGCAGUCACUCCAACAAGGCGCUCAAUGACCCCACAGACACUGGCAGAAUCCACCUUUUCACGUGAAACUGAAUCCUCCCUCCUUGGUAAAAGUGUCCUGCAGUCCACUUUUACCGAUGGCCACGCUUUUCGACCAGAUUUUGAUAUUUCAGUCAUUAAAGAAAAAACUGUAAUUGAGAAUUCAAAGGACGCUGAGAGAAAUCCUGAGAAUAACAAGAGGAUUAUAGAAAUGCAAACAUUUCUACUCGCCUAUCUUACAGCAAAGAUGGAGAAUAAUACUGCAAAAUUCAAAGCCGAAGCAGAGGCAAAGCUCCUUCAAAUUAUGACGGAGGAACAGAGACUGCAUAGUAGUGUUAAUGAGAAGAAGAGCCAAUAUCUUCUGAUGGAGAAGAAAAAACAGUUGCAUGAGAUCUUGGACCUGCAGAUUGAUAAGCUGACACCUGUGGCCGACGCAGCCAACCAGUUUACAAAGGAUUAUAAGAGUUUUGCUGCUGCCGUUGACACCACCCGUCAUGAGCUGCCUGUCAAGAACUUCUACAUAAAUGGGAAUGGAAGAGAAUUUCUAGAUAAAGCUGAGGCUUCCCUGAAACAAACUGAGACGCUGUUGCAGGAAUGCACACGGGGAGAUCAUGUGGACAACAGCACAUCUUUAGAAUGCCUCAGGGAAAUGAAAACGAUGUCAAAGGAUAUCAGUCAGCAGCUUACAGGAACGUGUUCGGAGCUUUUAGAGCUCUCAUCAUUGGUCUGUCGUCAUUCAGUCCAAGUUCAGCAGGCCGUCGAGGAAGAGCAACUUGGGAGUUCAAGAACCCUUCAGCUAUUCUGCCCCAGAGACUAAAGAAAACUGGACAGCAUGGCAACAGGGCUAUGGUUUUUUAGUGUACUUUUUUCUCAUUUGUAUAUGUUAAAACACCUAAUCAAUAAAUGAAAUCAAUGAAAUGA